CUCGUGAGCGCCAUGGUUCAAAAAAAGGACAGAGAAUUGCGAAGCAUUGGAAUGCAGGGAUUCAGAUAUGCACCCGACGUCGUACAGUUUGCGCACAUCAUCAAUAUUCACAGCCCUCGUGCAUAUCAGGCCAUCCGACAUUCACUACCACUUCCUGACCCUCGGACUCUCCAGUAUCUCAUCAAGGAUUAUCUUGACAAACUCGGAUGGAAAGGCCCUGUUGGACUCUCAUGCGAUGACACCAAACUUCUGCCCGCUCUACGGCCAUAUCUUGAUCAUGACGGUAAUUACUAUGUUGUAGGAGGUGUCGGACCUCCGAGGCUCUUGACCGAACCCAACAUCCUCACCAAUGCCAUACGUCGAGGAGAGAUCGAAAAGGCUACGAAGAUUCGAGUGUGGUGUGUACAAGUGCCAAUGCCGAACAUCCCUGCCAUUGUCACUGCUGCCCUUGGUAUUACAGACAGCCUUUCAGCCAAGGAUUUACUUCCUUACCUCCUUGAAAUUGUUGAUGGGCUGCUCAAACAAGACAUCAAGGUAGUCUCUUAUGCUGCCGACGGAACAGGGACCGAGCGCUCGCUUCAACGACUAUUCUGUAACACAGCCACAGGCACUCAUUCAUACAUCAUACGCCAUCCCAAUAACACUUCAGGUCGAGAUCUAGACCUUCGGAUUUCGCGGUUUGGGACUCAACGACGCCCAAUAGCAAUGGUCCAGGAUCCGCCACAUCUGCGAAAAACCCUUCGGAACAAUACUUACUCGGGUGCGCGGUUGUUGACCCUAGGCAACUUUCCAGUAUUAUACUGUCACUUCCGAGAGGUAGCGCAAGCAAUCGAUGGUACGUUGUACAACAGGGAUGUCGAGAAGACCGACCGGCAGGAUGACAAUGCUGCCACACGAUUCUUUUCAUCGCAUACGCUCGAGUGGAUGGUCAAAAACCGGCCUGAGUGGGUGGGACCCAUCAUAUAUGUAUUCGUUUUUGGUGACCUCGUAGAUGCCUACGAAAAUCGUCACCUCACAUUGAUCGAGCGCGCGCACAUGGUGCUUCGUGCACAUUUUUUUAUGGAGGCUUGGGAAGAUUUCUUGGAUUCUGCUGGCUAUCAAAAAGGAAAGCAUCUCUUGUCCCAUGAAGCAUGCGAUAUCAUUCGUUUUGCAACGCGCGCUCUGCUCCAGCUCAUCAUCAUCUAUCGUGACUAUUUUGAUGGUACUGUCUACCCUCUCCUCCCUUGGCUUCUCUCCACGGCCACUUGCGAGCACGUCUUUGGGAUCUGUCGACAGAUAGUCAAGGAUUUCACGCUUGAAGAAUUUCAUUAUAUGGUACCAAAGCUCAAUGUCCGUCUGCGCGAACAUUUUUUCUUUUCAGAAAGCUCCGAUGGCAAGGCUCGUGCUAACGGAUAUAAUCAUACCUAUACUGACAGCCGUCAAAUCAAUCUGGGGGCUCUGGCGACAUACCCAACUGACGCAGAAAUCCAGCGUGCAGCAAAUGCGGCCUUCGAGGAAGCGCACUCUCUCUGGGAGGUUCUCGGAGCCGACAACCUUCGCACCCAUCAAGCUCUCGUCCCUCGUCUACCCUCUGUUAGAUCAUGGUUCAAUCCAGAUCUUAACUCUCACCACGACGGCCUUGCUACACAUCUAUUGCACCCAGAUUCUGACAGCGAUACCGACGAUAAAAUUGAAGAUUCUACAGACAGUGAUGAUACGUUAGAUGGAAUAUUGGAUGCCACCGGAACAGAGUCAGAAAUGCACCAACUCCUAUCCGCCAUGGAGUUCCUAGAAGACGAAGUCACAUCGGUCCAAGAAGAUCAGCAGCUUCGAGAUGCUCACCAGACUAUCCAAGCCGACAAGGGCAUUCGUUCCCAGGGCAAGGGCAAGACACGGGCACCGGAGGAAUCAGAACGGCAAGCACUGCUGCGGCAGUACAACGAAAUUCUCAAGAUUCGGGAAGAUCGGGGCAUAGGUACAGGUUUGGAGCGCAUGACGAGGUGGCGGCAUCCAGCUCCUGGCGGACGACAAGGACACAUCAACGGAUUACCUGCCCAAGAACCAGCGCCAGGUGCAGCAGCAAAUGCCGCCGAGGUCUCUACAAGUAAAGCUAAGAAGGUAAGUGUUGAUUCUCCGUCGUAUCCGUUGGUUGUGAGGUGUGCUAACUUCUCGCAGAUGCAGAUGCAAAGGAGGACGAUUUGUCGUAAGCAUAAACUGCCGUCUUUCGUAGAGAAUGCCAAUAUCACACCGGCACUUCCACUUGUGCAAGCAAGUCAUACCUUGGAACAAGGUAAUGAUGUUGAGCUUAGUGCCGGGGCAUCCUUCGGGUUUGUCUUCCACAAUCGAGAGAUCUGGCUUGCUCAGGGUAGGUCUAUUAUCUUCUGA